AUGAAAUUUGAAAGAAUUGAGUUGGUCAUAUAUGAGAGUUUUAAUUUUCAUUUUAUUUUAUGGAAGAGAUCAUUAUUCUUUCAAAAGUAGGAAAAUGAUCUACACCGACCAGAUUUAAUAACUAGCAAUCGCUAAGAUUAGCUAAUCAUUGAGUCCCUAAAAUUAAUGCUGCUCCUGCUUCAUAAUUGUAAGACUUCAAAAUCUUAUGGGUAUUACACAUAAUGUGGUGGAAUUCAUAAAUGUACUUAACCAACAAUUAGAAACAUUUUCAAACAAAUGAGAAAUGUUGAGUGCUAUAUAUGCCAUCCUUGUCUAAUAACAAUAAUGGACAAUAGUACCGUUGCUUAUCUUAAAUGGUUUAAAUAAACAAUAUUAAAAAUUUAUAAUGUUCAAAUAAUUAUUUAAGAAAAAGCAGCCACCAUAAUUCAUGAGAAAAAAAAGAAAGGUAUUUUAAGAAGAAGAAUUUUAAAACUAGAAAACAAAUGGUCUUUUAAAACACCUGAAUUAAAAACUACUAAGCUCCAAAUUGACAAUCCUUGA